AUGGCGACGAGAAGCCCAACCACAAGCAUUCCUGAGGACAGUCAGGACCCAGCCGACGCCCCCAAGGAGGCCUCCGACCCAGACCACCUUUCCACCUACGACAAGAUCAAGUCAGCAGUCCCCGCCCCACAACUCACACUCAAGGUCUUCCUGAUCUCAACACUCUGCGCAUACCUAUUCAUUCCCCCAACAACCGAACUCUACCACGUAAUACUCGUCCUCAUAGGAGGUAUGCUCGCGACGCUCUCCCUCACGUUCCUAGCCGAGAUCUACGCUCGUAGCGUCCGUGACGACGAAGAGGCAGCCCAGAAAGACUUAGAAGCUCAACGUCAUAACGCGGAGCUACUCGACCGGGCUGAUAGGGCUUGUUGGCAGUGUUGGAGGCGCAUCAAGCCGAGUGAGGGUCGCUAUCGUAUGUAUACCCCAAGCUGA